AUGGCUCCCAAAAACAACAUUCCAUUCUCAAUCCGAAAGUUUGCUCCCUCCGACCAGCGGGCGGCGACGUCUCUUUUCCGCGACGGGAUAAUGGAGAACGUAUACCCCGCCUUCUUCAAAGCCCUGGGCCACCCCGACCACAUCGGCAUCGCUUUGAGCAUCUCUAUGGCUGGAUAUGUUUUAGGUGGGAGCUCUUACUUCCAAGCCCUGCUCUUCGUAAGUGCAUGGGCCGCUCUCCUCUACUACUGCUGCCACGAGAUCUACGAGGGCUUCCUGGCACAGAGAAUGGGUGCGGACAUGGCCGACAUUAACGCUAGCUACCUCGUCAAUCCCGAUAGCGCAUUCUGGGUGGCGGAAACGGAAGUCAAGGGGCAGCAGAAGUUGGCCGGCGUGGUGGCUUUGAUUGGGAAACGAUCCGAAAACGAUGGGGAAAGAUUUGACGAUUGGAACGGUGGAGUCAUCGGUGAGGAAAGCGAAUUCGGGAGUCACGCAGAACUGAUGCACCUGGUUGUAUCGUUCCCCUGGCGACGCAAAGGUUUUGGGUCGGAGAUGAUGCAAACGGUGAUGGAUUUUUGUAAAGAGCGCGGAUACGGUCGCUUGGUCCUCGACGUGAGCUCGUCCCAAACGGCGGCGAUUGCCAUGUGUCAGAAGUUUGGGUUCGUUCAGACAGGGUCCCACAAUAACACACACCCCAACCGCUGGUUCUCCAGACUGGCCCGGGUCAGCAUGCUGCGGAUGGAGAAGGUGCUUUAA